AUUCUUUUGCAAGGAGCAAACCAUCCUACUCUGCUCAUGGGCUUAUUUUGUGGCUGGAAACAACUAUUUUAGUCCAAACCAGAAAGAACUGCUCACAUACCCAGAAUAUUCAUUUUCCAGUCGAUGUCUGAAAGUAUCCAUUUGCUUGAAAUAGAUCUUUUUGUGUGCGUAAAGGAACUGAGUCCCCAGUCCAGCCCUUGUAAGCUCAGAGAGCUCUCUGCCAGCGCUGGGGCCGCGCAAGGGAAGGAGGAGUUAAAGGUUUGCAGUGCAGGAGCAGCCAAGCUCCGACCUUCCUUGCAGGCGUAGAUCCUCUCACUCUUCCCUUCUGAUGGCUGGGAAAUCCAGCUCCAAACUCAGAUGCCCCUUUUUAGGCUAGAAUCAGCCUGCACCCAGCUCCCCUGAUUCGCGUUUUGGGAGAAAAGCAAGCGGAGCUGCCCCAGGGACGGGUUGGGCCAAGGCAGGAGCUCCCACAAUGAUGGGGAACACCGUGUUCCUGUCAUUCACCUUCUACAGCACGAUCCUGAUUCUAAAGAUGUAUGUCGUUGCCAUCAUCACGGGACAAGUGAGGCUCAGGAAGAAGGCGUUUGCUAACCCAGAGGAUGCGCUGCGCAAUGGAGGGCUGCAGUACUACCGCGAGGACCCUGAUGUGGAGCGCUGCCGCAGGGCACAUCGCAACGACAUGGAGAACAUCUUCCCCUUCCUCUUCCUCGGAGCUGUGUACUCUCUGCUGGAGCCCAGUCCUGCAGUGGCCAGGAUCCACUUCUUCAUCUUCUGUGCGGGACGCAUCGUGCACACCGUGGCCUACCUGCUGAAGCUGAGGGCUCCCACACGAUCCGUGGCAUACAGCGUGGCACAGCUGCCCUGCUUCUCCAUGGCCCUGCAGAUCCUCCUGGCAGCUGCCCCGUAUUGGUAGCACCCAACCGAGCAGAGCACCCAAGCCCCCAUUCUGCUCUGUUCAGCUGUGCCAGUACUGAGACGUUCCUGGUGGGGGCGUGAGUGGGUGCUGCAGGGAUGUGUGGGGUGGCCUCGUAAGGUCACUGGGCCUGCUGUUGAAAUUGGGGCAGGGGAAGCGGGCAGGGGAUGCCUAGCAGCUUUCCCUCAUUCCUGUCCUCGAGGAAGGGGUGUCAUCAGAGGAAAAGACAUUUUCUGCAACAGUGACCCAGCAUGGGAUGGGGAAUGCUGCCCUUGAUCAGCAGCAGAAUCAGGAGGGAGAAACCACCACGGUCUCACAGCUCUGCGAGAACUCUUGGUUGGUGGAUGUGGGUGUUUGCAGGGAGGGAGACAAGCUUUCGAUCCGGUCCCAGCCUCAACACGGGAUGCAGCAGGGACUGCCAGAGCAGCCCGCAGAAAUCACUGCCCUGCAGAGAGCUGUGUGCCUGCAGCCAUGUGCUGCCGCUGCCUGGAAAUGCUCUGAGAGAUGCUUUCAAUUUGCACCCCAAGCUGUGCCCUGGGAGGAGGGCUCUGCUGUUCUUCUGUGCUGCGUGAGGAUGGCCAACCCUACUGUGCCACACAGCUGUCCUUAGGGAUGAUGCUGGGGCAGCCCCAUGGAGGGCAGGGCAGGAGGAAGGCUCUGAGGACAAUGCAAAGCUUUGCUAAGACUGCAGUGAGAAAGCAGAGUGAGCAGAAAAUAAAAUCCUGUCUUAAGCACUAAAGCUCUUCCCUUUGCUGUGCUCUCCUCUGGGAUCCUCUCACCAAGACCCCACUGAGUAUCAGUGGGAAGCAGGGCAGCUCAGGUAGAUGCUCAGAACUUCACCCAGCUCACAGAGGGCUCCCAGCCCAGCAGUGGCCAUGGCCUUGGGCUGAGUUCUUUGGGAAAUUUGGAGCACAGCACUCUGCUCUCCUGGGUGCAGCAUGAGGGCUGCAGGUCCCACAGUUUGCUCUUGGUCCCCUCUUGCUCACACAGCCCCAGCUCAGCAGAUGUCUUCAUAAUACCCCUUUCAGUGAGCCCAUGCUGCCUCACACGGUGCACAAGGUCUCCAAACCCCUGCACGUUUCCCUCCUGCUGCAUGUGCAUCCUGGUGGCAGGAAGCAAGUAUUCCCAAUAAAAACAAAUCAUUGUGC